AUGCUUUGCGGCGGACCAUCAGAUGUAAAACCUGUCGACGACGAGGUUAAAGCCAUUCUCGAGGCAGUUAAAGCAGAUUUGGCGGCGAAAACUGGCGUCGAAGGAGAUUUCGUAAUUCAUGGAUACAGAACUCAAACCGUUGCGGGCACAAAUUUCUUUAUAAAAUGCUCGGCAGCUGGUAAAUUUGUCCACGCACGAGUCUUCAAGCCUCUCCCACACACAAAUCAGCCAGCAACUCUCCAUUCUGUCCAACAUGGCCAAUCCAUCACUGAAUCUUCAUCCCUCGAAUAUUUCUAA